UAUGAAUUGUGUUCACAAAUAGAUAUUAAUCAUCUGGUUAAUAACUAAGAAUAAACUAAUAUGGCAAGUGUUACUAAUUUUAACCCCCACUGCGUCUUCUUACUGUUAUUAUUUCUCCUAGCCGCAACUGCAUCCGCAACCACAAGGACAUACACAUUCCUCCCAAGGCCAAGGGUCGGGUAUUAUGGUAGCGCGUGCUGGAAUGUAGAAUCGAUAGUGCGUUCCGUGGUCCAGUCCAACUAUUUCACAAAUCCAGCCAAUGCUCCUGGCAUUUUGCGUAUGCAUUUUCACGAUUGUUUCGUUCGUGGCUGCGACGGUUCCAUUCUCCUCGACGGACCUAACUCUGAGAGAACGGCGAUUCCAAAUCAAUCAUUGAGAGGGUUUAACGUCAUCGAAGAAGCUAAGACUCAGCUUGAGAUUGCUUGUCCUCGAACAGUCUCCUGUGCUGAUAUUCUCGCACUAGCUGCUCGUGACUUCGUCGUUCUGACAGGUGGACCAUGGUGGUCAGUUCCAUUGGGACGACUUGAUGGUAGGGUUUCAUUAGCAUCGAAUGUCGAUUUGCCGGAGCCUACAGACUCGGUUACGGUGCAGAAGCAGAGGUUUGCUGCGAAAAAUCUUAGCACCCUUGAUCUAGUUGUCCUUGCUGCCGGACACACGAUAGGAACGGUCGGGUGUGGUGUGUUUAGGAACAGGUUCUUCAACUACAACAACACAGGAAGUCCUGACCCAACUAUCAACCCAAGUUUCGUCCCUCAGAUCCAAUCUCAAUGUCCUCUCAACGGCAACGCCGCUACUCGUGUCGCGCUGGACAUGGGAAGUGAAGGCCAGUUCGACACAUCGUACCUUAACAACUUGAGGUUUGGUCGAGGUGUCCUUGAGUCUGAUCAGGUCCUAUGGAAUGAUCCCGAGACUCGGCCUAUUGUGGAACGGUUGUUAGGACUACGGUUUCCGUUUCUGCUGUUCGGACCCGAGUUUGCUAGGUCAAUGUAUAAGAUGAGUCUGACUGAGGUCAAGACCGGUUUGGAUGGGGAGAUUCGUAGGGUUUGUUCUGCGAUCAAUUGAUCAAAUAUAAAGGUCAAGCAUUAUUAUAUCAAAAUGAAUAAAUAAAAUAGGGAGACUAUAAAGUUUCAAUAGAGUACUCUCCAGCUUUCUAUAAGAAUAACUAAGAAGUAUACAAUAAAUAAAUGGGGGUAAGCAUGUUCUAUGAUAAUUAUACGUUUUUAAUUACGUCGAUGCAUGGAUAUGAGGAAACAAUAAGUGUUAUAGAAUAAAGCCUUUCUUCAAAAUAAAAAAGUGUCAUAGAAUAAAACCAA